AUGGACAGUCCGACGGAGUAUGCCAAGGAGGAAGUGCACGGAGCCAAAAUGACCUGGAGGCAAGCAGGAAUACUUCUUUUCACAUUUGCUGCACCUUCAGCGGUCAUGGCCGUCCCCUUCGCAAUUGCAAACGCGGGCUUCAUGGGGGGCAUUGUGAUCUGCAUGGUGAUCACCGGGGCCUCCAUCGCCGGCUCGAAUAUGCUGCUGCAGAUCAAGAUGCGGUAUCCGGACUGCGAGACCUUCGGUGACCUGGGCUUCAAAAUCUUCGGCCGUCCCGGAAAGAUUUUCGGAAAUCUGAUUCAGCUGGGCAACUUCUGCCUCUUCAUGCCUUGCGCGUUGCGCUUCUGCGGCGAGGCGCUGCAGGGCAUGGGAAGCAUCGGCCCAUUGGGUGCUUGCACGGACUACUACGUUUGGCUGGUGGCGAUCCUCUGCUUGCUGACGACGCAGGUUCGCAGCCUCAGCAACGCGAACGUCUUCACGCAAAUCUCCCUGGUGUGCAUCUUGGGCAUGAUCAUCUGCAUGCUGGUAGCAGCCUUCGAGUACGACAUCGAGGAGAAGAUUCCCGCUCGCUUGGUGGGCAACCCUGAGCCGGAUCUGAGCAUGAUGGUGGUGAGGCUGGCCAGCGGCUGCACUAUCAGUUCCUGGGCUUACGUGCCUGCUUUCCUCACUGUGGAGCUCAGCGCUUGCAUGGAGUCACCUGCGGAGUUCAAGAAGUCGCUGCUCUUCUCAGGUGGCCUCAAUGUUCUGGUCUUCAUCGUCGUGGGCACCAUAGUGGUGGCGCGAUGGGGCUUCGAAGUCGGCGAAGUUAUCAGCAUCACAGCAGGUGUCGGUGCCUGGGUGCCGGGGACAGAUGUGAACACGAUCUUCAGUUGCUUUAAGUUGGGAGGCAACUUCGUCUCAUACAUGCUGGACUCAGUGCCGCUCUGCCGGUUCUGCCAGAGGAGCUGGGCGCCAAGCUUCAAGGACACGUGGUCCGCGUCUGAUGUGAUGCGGUAUCUGGGCUACACAAUGCCAACCUUCAUCUUGGCACUUAUCCUGGCCACCUUCACCCCCAGCAUCGGGACGCUUCUGGACUUCGUCACGGCCCUUACAACGCCGUGGGUCACCCAGAUCUACCCCGCGUUGCUCUACUGGAAGUUCCUCCGGGACGGAGACAGCAAUGGCGAGUCGGGAAAGUCCAACCAGGCGUCUCGCUCCAUGAUCCUGGAGAAAGCGGCGGUGCUAUUCGUGCUCUUCGUGGGCUACGUCAGCUUUGUCAUGUGCUCUGUGAAAGCCGUGGGCUACCUUGCCAUCGAAGACCUCCGGCCCAAGUUUCAGAUCGGCUGCAGUGGUUGGGUGCUUUGGGAAUCAUCGGCGUGA